AUCCUCCUGGGAUUCCCUCCGGUUUCCCUUGAGGCCGCAGUAACGUCGCAACUACCUAGGCAACGUCUUCCGGUCCCCUUCGCCCCAUCUCGGUGUCUACUUCCUGCGAGUACGUCAUCAAAGGGCGCCCGGCCUACGGUUUCCGGGAAGGGCUGCGCAGCUGCGUAGGGGUCGCGGGUGAUUUCGAGGUAGCUGGCGCGGCUCGGGGUCGCCAUGGAGAGCGGAUCGCGGCCGUCACUCGGUCAGGUCAUCCUGCUGGGCACCAGCUCGAUGGUCACCGCCGUACUGUACUCCAUAUACCGGCAGAAGGCCCAGGUCGCCCAGGAACUCAAGGGAGCUAAGAAGAUUCAUUUGGGUGAAGAUUUAAAGGCCAUUCUUUCAGAAGCACCGGGAAAGUGUGUGCCUUAUGCUGUCAUUGAAGGAGCUGUGCGGUCGGUUAAAGAAACGCUCAACAGCCAGUUUGUGGAGAACUGCAAGGGGGUGAUCCAGCGGCUGACACUUCAGGAGCACAAGAUGGUGUGGAACCGAACAACCCACCUGUGGAAUGACUAUUCCAAGAUCAUUCACCAGAGGACUAACACUGUGCCCUUUGACCUUGUGCCCCACGAGGACGGUGUGGCUGUGGCUGUGCGAGUGCUGAAGCCCCUGGACUCGGUGGAUCUGGGCCUAGAGACUGUGUACGAGAAGUUCCACCCCUCUGUACAGUCCUUCACCGAUGCCAUCGGCCACUACAUCAGUGGGGAGCGGCCCAAAGGCGUCCAGGAGACAGAGGAGAUGCUGAAGGUCGGGGCCACCCUCACGGGCAUUGGUGAGCUGGUCCUGGACAACAACUCUGUCCGCCUGCAGCCCCCCAAGCAAGGCAUGCAGUACUAUCUGAGCAGCCAGGACUUCGACAGCCUGCUGCACAGGCAGGAGUCUAGUGUGCGGCUCUGGAAGGUUCUGGUACUUGUGUUCGGCUUUGCCACCUGCGCCACCCUCUUCUUCAUCCUGAGGAAGCAGUACCUCCAGCGGCAGGAGCGCCUGCGCCAGCAGCAGCUCCAGGACGAGUUCCUGGAGCACGAGGCCCACCUGCUGAGCCAAGCCUCGCCUGAGGACAGGGAGAGUCUGAAGAGCGCCUGUGUUGUUUGUCUGAGCAACUUCAAGUCUUGUGUCUUCCUCGAGUGUGGGCACGUGUGUUCCUGCCGCCAGUGUUACCUUGCCUUGCCAGAGCCCAAGAAGUGCCCGAUCUGUCGGCGGGAUAUCACCAGGGUGAUACCCCUGUAUAACAGCUAGGGGGUCUUGCAGUCACACUGCAAAUGUCCUUCCUCUUGUCAGGGUCUGCUUUGAGGCCUUUGGUGGGGUGGCUGUGCCUUCAUGUGUGAUGGAGGAGACACCGGCAAGCCUCACGUGUCCAACAGCUCCGUGUUGCUUUUCAACCUGGAUGGGUCUCUUUCCAGUUCCAGACCCUGGUGGGGGCUGUGGUGAGGCCCCUUCUCAGGAGCUAGACCCAUGUGUGUGACUCAAUAAGACCAGCUCAUUGUCCAGGCUCCAUGGCCAGUCCUCUCCACUCGUGCUGCCUGGGGGGGAUGGGCAUGGGAGGGGUGACCCUGAGAGGGCCUCACAGCAUGGCCUCUUGGGAGGCUGCCCAGACUCCCCCUAUUGCUUCUUGCUCAGGGGAAGGCAUUUUUUUUCUUUUUUCUUUUUUUUUCGGAGCUGGGGACCGAACC